AAUUGGCGGGAAAUAUAUAUCUAAGAUAUUCUCCGAUUAUUAUACAGUGUUGCACGAAGAACAUUGAGGAUUGAUGAUCAGUGAGGAGAAGAUCUAGCCGGGAAUAGCAGCGAGAAAGGAGUUUUACUUGGAAAAUGCCUCCGAGGAAGAGAACGAGUGGCGGGGGAUCUAAGAAAUCCAGCCACCAGAAUCAGCAGCAGGCCGCGGCGCCGCCGCCGCAGCAGCAACCGUCUCAGCCGACAAAGUUCGGAAUCCAGCACUUCUUCGAACGGCACACGCAGAAUGUCCUCUCUCAGAAAUCCAAGGCUAGACUUGAUUCACGCAGUUCGGGUUCGGAUACUUCGUCUGCCGCUCUCAAUGACCUCAGGAUAGCAAAUCCUAGUGUUCAGCGCCAUAGGAAUGAUAGUAUUUCUAUUGCUGAGAACUCUGUAAAUGCUCCUGAUUCCAUGACGAAUUUGAGGAGUGUUGGACUGCCUAAUGAUGCUUCUAUAAUGAGAAGCAGUAGGGAUGUGAUGGAAUCGAAUAAAAUGCAUACGAAUAGUGCUGCUCCGGCGCCUCAGAGUGCGAGCAGUGAGCCUGAGCUGCGUAAUACUGUGGUUCAAAUUCGUAGUAACAGUUCUCAAAGGUUAGGGAAGGAUUUGAGCUCAAGCUCAAGGAUCGUUGAAAUGGAAAAUUCAAAAAAUACCGCAAGUUUACUAGGAAGCGAGUCCAACAAUUCAUCUCAGAAUACGCCCACAGACAAUGCGCUAGCUGUGGUAGUUGGAGAUGAUGAUGCUAAUGAAGCAGCAGAGGUGACACCUGAGGUUUGCAAAUCAGCGUCUGUAAAGAGAUUCAAGUUUUCUCCAGGGAUGUUGAUAAAGCAAAGCCAGGAUGAUGGAGGUGAUGAGAUUACUUGGAGAAUAUCUCCUGUAAAUGAACGACUGAAUGCUCUGUCAAAAUCAGAGAAGCUACCAGUACUGGCAGAUUGUUCACGGUUAAACUUGUUGAAUUUUCAGCAGUGUUCACAGAAAAAGGUCAAGACUUCUCCACAACCAUCAGGCAAAGUUCAAAAGUGGCUAUCUUCACCUCCACCAAAAAAAGCUGAAAAUUCUCUGGUACACCCAAAUAAAACCACAGUGACCUCUGUCAAUGUGGAUCAAGUUAUGGAUAUCCAUGCUAAGAAUGGAAAAACAAAUGGGGAGAAGAACUCUGCCAUAGCUAAUAGUCAGAGUCCUUUUAAGACACCUCCAUCUCUAACAUAUUGCAAUGAUAAGUCUGGCAAGGGUUCUGAUGCCAGUGAAGUAGCUGAUCUGCUUGGCUCAAAACACAACAAAAAGGCACUAAUUGAACUUUUGGAUCAAGUAGAAGAUGUAAUAUCUGUUGAAUCAUCUGUAAGUGGGGACAACAAGAUAUCCUCUGGAAAUGAUCUGCAUGUCAGAUCUGAUCCCGUUUUACCAGAAGCAAGAAGCAACUUAAGAGAAACUUCACUCUUAUUUCUUGUACUGGAGGUUUCUGAAAAGCAUGGACAUCUUGAGUCCUCUGGUUCAAAAUGCUUAGUUAAGGUUUUGCGCCUUUUCAAUGAACAAAGUGGGGAAGAGCGAGUUGUGCAAUUGUGGGAUGAAUGGUUGUAUAGUGUUGUUGCACCUGGAGAUACUGUUCAUGUCAUAGGAGAAUUUGAUGACAAAGGGACAUGUGAUGUUAAUCAUGAGAAGAAUUUUCUAAUUGUUCAUCCAGAUAUAUUGGCUUCUGGGACACGGGUUGCUGCAAGUUUCAGUUGCUCAAGGCGUGCUGUCCUGGAUGAGAGGCUAAAGUUUAGUGAAUAUUCAGCUGCAGCACUGAUUGGAACCCUAUUGCAUCAGAUUUUUCAGGCAGGACUUAUCAGAGAAUCCCCUACAAAAGAAUACCUGAAGGAACACGCACAAGUUUUGCUUCACAAAAACCUUGAGAGCCUAUAUGCUUGCAAAGUCAGUGAAAAUGAGUUCCAUAAAAUAUUGAUUGAGGCAAUUCCAAAAAUAUUGAAUUGGAUACAUCUCUUCCGUGACUCAGAGGGUUCCAAAAUACAAAAUAUUGGUUUGGGAAGUGAAGUCAGAGAUAAAAAGAUCAAAAUAUUGGAGGUACUUGACAUUGAAGAAAUGGCAUGGGCCCCAAAAUAUGGUUUGAAAGGGAUGAUUGAUGUCUCUGUGCAAGUAAAAGUUGAAAUAAAUAAUGAAGUUACGGAUGUGAUUGUGCCUCUGGAAUUCAAAACUGGGAAGGGAACUAGUGGCCAGGCUGCAAUGGAACACAAUGCCCAAGUGAUGCUAUAUACUCUUUUAAUGUCUGAAAGAUACUCAACAAUGAUCGAUUAUGGACUCCUUUACUAUCUUCACACAGAUCAAACACAGGGAAUCACAGUUCGAAGAUCUGAUUUGAUUGGCCUUUUAAUGCGCCGUAACGAACUUGCAAAUGAUCUGCUAAGGGCAUCAACGACUCAACAACUGCCUCCAAUGAUACAGAGUCCAAACAUGUGCAAAGGAUGUCGACAUCUUAAUAUCUGUAGUGUCUAUCAUAAGGCCUAUGGCGGUACGACUGAGGGUAGUGGACUGGGAAAUGUGUUUGAUUCACUUGUUAACCAUCUAACUACUGCACAUGCUGUUUUUCUUCAAAAAUGGGAUCGAUUGAUUGACUUGGAGGCCAAAGAAUUGGAGUUUGUUAAGAAGGAAAUCUGGAGUUCACAUGGUUCGGAGACUGAAGGUUCUUCCUCUUGUCUAUCCCCCCUGGUUCUUGGCCCAUCAGAUAAACUUGCACAGAAAAACUUAUGUACUGGAAACCAGUUUAUUUAUCACUUUGUGCACCAAAGUUUGCCUUCAGUAGGCAUUGAUCAACAGAAUACGCAUGGUUCUUCUAUAACAAACAAUUUGGAAUGCAGACUUAGGAAUGGUGAUUAUGUGAUAUUAAGCACAGAGCCUGGUCGUUUAAUAAUUGCUAGUGGGGUCAUUACAGAUACAAGUAAUUCCCAUGUCUCGGUAUCUUUUUCAAAACGAUUAAGGCUUCCAGGAAGCAGAUUGCGACAAGAUCUUCAUCAGCAGAUUUGGCGGAUUGAUAAAGAUGAAUUUACAUCAUCAUUUGCAAUUAUGAGGUUCAACCUUACACAACUGUUUAUGCAAAAUGAAGAGAGUAUACAUCUGCGAAAGAUGAUUGUUGAUCUUGAGGUGCCUAGAUUUGAUAGUGGCUGCAUCUUUAGUCAAGAUCCUGCCAUUUCUUACAUCUGGUCAGAGAAAACAUUGAAUGGGGAUCAGCGUAGGGCCAUACUCAAGAUACUUACAGCAAAGGACUAUGCACUCAUAUUAGGCAUGCCUGGAACAGGCAAAACAUCCACGAUGGUGCAUGCUGUGAAGGCAUUGUUAAUGAGAGGUGCAUCCAUUUUGCUUACAUCCUACACAAAUUCAGCUGUUGAUAAUUUGCUUCUCAAAUUGAAGGCUCAGGGUAUAGAUUUCAUACGUAUUGGAAGAUAUGAGGCUGUGCACGAGGAAGUUCGAGAACAUUGCCUAUCAACAACCAACCUAUGUGGUAUUGAAGACAUCAAGCAAAGGCUAGAGCAAAUAAAAGUUGUUGGUGUUACAUGCUUGGGUAUAACUAGCCCUUUGCUAGCCAACAAGAGAUUUGAUGUGUGCAUCAUGGAUGAAGCUGGGCAAACUACAUUACCCGUUUCUUUGGGACCAUUGAUGUUUGCAUCGAAGUUUGUUCUUGUAGGGGAUCAUUAUCAAUUACCACCACUUGUCCAGAGUGCAGAGGCCAAAGAGAAUGGAAUGGCAGUAAGUCUGUUCUGCAGGCUUUCAGAAGCACAUCCACAAGCGAUUUCAGCUUUGCAAAGCCAGUAUCGUAUGUGCAAAGAAAUAAUGGAACUAUCAAAUACCUUGAUAUAUGGCAACAGACUACGCUGUGGCUCUUCAGAAGUGGAGAAUGCGAAGCUCACCUAUUCUUGUUCUAUAGCUGGACCUCCAUGGAUGAAGGAGGUAAUGAAUCCAAACAAGCCAGUAAUAUUUAUUAACACCGAUCUGCUGCUAGCUUUUGAAACAAAUGACCGCAAAAGUUUAAGCAAUCCAAUAGAAGCUUAUAUCAUUUCUGAGGUAUCAAACAAGUUGUUAAACACAGGCAUAUCACAGGAAGACAUUGGCAUCAUUACACCCUACAACUCCCAGGCAGAUCUUAUCAGGCAAGCAGUUUCAACGUCGGUCGAGAUACAUACAAUUGACAAAUAUCAGGGCAGGGAUAAAGAUUGCAUCUUGGUGUCAUUUGUAAGGUCAAAUGAAAACCCAAAGAGCUCUGUUUCUACGUUGCUUGGAGACUGGCACAGGAUUAAUGUUGCUCUUACACGCGCAAAGAAGAAGCUGAUCAUGGUGGGUUCUUGCGCUACGCUCUCAAAAGUGCCACUGCCCAAGCUUCUGAUUGAAACAAUUGAACAGCAGGGCGGCAUUUUCAGUGUUGGCAAAAACGAUAUUCGUCAUUGUAAAGUUGGGAUUAAAAGAUGUUCCCAGACCAGAUCAGACAAUGGUGAUUUGUAAUUUUUCUUUUGUAAAUGGGGAUGUUGUAAAAUUUCUUCAUUUUUGUUGUGCAUAGUGCAUUACCUUGAGGCUUAGGCAACUAUUUGGUUUAUGUUGUAAAGGGGAAUCUUCUGCAAUAGAUGAAUAGAUUAAUACUCAAA